UCCACCGCGUCUGUGCUCUGCAAGUCAUACUCAAAGCUGAGAAUUACCAUGGAUCCACGGAGAGCACAAGAUCCUCGCCUUGCCCGUGCUGACCCUCGUUUGCAACGCAUGCAGUCAUCUGCCCCCUCCAAUGCAAUGGACUCUCAGCCACCCCAAAUGGGCGCAUCUUCCUGGCCACAAAACGGCAGCUAUCUCAAUGCCGUUCAGCAGCAACCAAUUCCUCAACCUGCGACUCGUGAGCUUUCCGCGACGCAGACACCGCCUCCCCAGCAAGGAUCGAGUGGCCCAUCUUCGAGCAACUCAGGUCCACCUCGCACCCCAUCCCCAUACAAAGCACGUCCGCUGUUCUGUGUGGUUUGCGCUAGCAACCAGAACCGGUCUAUGGAAGGUCACUCUGUUUUGCAAAAGGCAGGGUACCGCGUCAUUUCAUCUGGCACUGGCUCUGCUGUCCGUCUGCCUGGACCAUCGAUAGACAAACCAAACAUAUAUCCAUUUGGAACGCCUUACCAUACAAUAUACGAGGAAUUGACUUCGAAAGACACUAGAUUAUAUACCGCCAAUGGCCUUCUACACAUGCUGGAUCGCAACAGGCGACUCAAACUCGCUCCAGAACGUUGGCAGGAGAGUAGGACAGUUGCAGAUGUGGUGAUUACUUGCGAAGAGCGUUGUUUUGAUGCCGUUUGUGAUGAUCUACUUGCUCGAGGAGGCGACUUCAAUCGACCGGUUCACAUUAUAAAUAUAGAAAUAAAAGAUAACCACGAAGAAGCCCUUAUUGCAGGAAAGGCUAUGCUCGAUUUGGCUUCCGCAAUCGAAUCAUCAAAUGAUAUUGAUGAUGAAAUCGAAAGUAUAUUGAAAGCACAACAGGAACGCCAUCCUCAUAGCCUUCUUCACGCUGUCGCUUUUUAUUGAUGGAUGCCAUCAAAAGUACUGGAAGUACCAAGUUCUUUCUGAUUAUGUGAACAUACCACCCGUCACUGUCGUAACAAUUGCAUAACUUGUACCCCUGAAGAGACGUUUCUUUCAGACUGAGCGCUCGGACAAAAGUCAUCCCCGAUAAUUAAGCUACGGUGAAAAAAAUGUUAAUUGGUACAAUAUGUGUUGUCUUGCAUGAUUC